ACGAAAUUAGCUUGUAUUCAGUGUUUCACCACAUUCCUUCUUCCGCCAUCCCUUUACAGAGCAAGGAACUGUCGCCCGCAUUCCAACCAUGUCUCUCUACGCAGAUGACGACCCGACCAAAGCCCUCCAGCUCACUGACGAGCAGCCCACUCUCCAACCGCCUACGGACCCGCAGCAAGCUCUUAAUGCGGCUCUUGCCCUUGAUUCAGAGUCACCGGAACAGCAAGAAGGCCUUCAAAAUGCGGCUCUAAGGUUCGAAGAACAUCCAGAAAGGCUGCCAGAAGUGAUACCGCGCUUGCUGGGGCUUAUCACAGAGGGUGGAGAUUCGUUGUUGCGGUUUUGGACACUGGACAUGAUUGCUUUAACGGUCGGAAGAAGUGGCUUAAUGCUGGACGUAAAGUUACAUGUCGCUCAAUACUGUUUGACGGCAUUGAACAAACUGCUUCAUUCCGACUCGGUACCGACAAUUAAGGCUGUCAUUCCCAUUUUAUCCACCAUAUAUCCGAUACUUUUUCGGCUACUUGCUACUUCUAGACCAAGUCAACAAGUCUUGGAUCUGUUUAAUGUGGCGAAGUCCAAAAUCAUUUCAUUUGCUUUGGACCCAAACGCACGACCAUUUAAUGUCGGUAUCAAGGCUGUAGCGUGGAAAUUCGUGCAAAGAGUGCUAUUGGCUGCUACAAGAGCUGCCGGAUCAGAUCCAAGGUUACCGCAAAGAGGAGCAGGAAGCAAUGAUGUCAAUGUAUCGCACAUUGUGCCCAACGGCUGUCUGUCUGCUUCCGAUAUAGAAAAGGAGGGCACUCUUCUUCAGACCCAGCUUGUAACUCAUCUGUACUCUUCGUCAGACCCAGCCAUCCUCCAUCCGCUUAUUAAUACCCUUCCGGCUAUAGCGAAAAUGCGGCCUACCCUUGCUCCCCUUGUUGUACAUUCUCUGGCGAGCUGGACACCCUCUGCUCUUGCCGCUGCUGGUAGAUCAGCUAUGGAAAUCCGAGCAGUAGAUAAAACCGUGAGGAUUGCAAUCAGUCAUCUGCUUCGUCACCCCCCCUUGUCGGCGCAUGUUGCCCAACUCAACGACGCCCUUGUUCGUCAGAAAGCUAGGAUGGAGGCCGCUUUCCUAGCCGAGGCUUCGGCGCGUAAAGAGCGCCGUCAAAAUCUUAAGCAUACAAUUGACCCGGGGGCUGCAUCCGAGGCCGAAUCAAGCGAGCAAGCAGCCAAACGGGCCAAGUUGGACGGGCUGGGUGUGGGAAGUGGAAUAGGCAAAGGACCCGAGAUUGAUGUGAGCGGGAUGAGGCUCGAAGAAGUGGUAGAGGUUGUUCUCAGCAGCCUAAGGGGUGUGAGUUCGGAACUCCUUACAGGAACCAUAGAGAACGCAAAGCGAGCUCUGCAAGAAAACUCAGCCGAUGCCCAGCCGCUGUUGGCAGCUGCACUGGGUAUCAGCAAUGUCGUCAAGGAAGAAGAGGAAGAAGAGAUCUUGAACCCGCUGGACAUGGAGGAUGACGACGACGACUUAUUGAUGGACGGCCCAGAACCGCUUAUGGAAGAAGAAGAACCAACAUCCUUCACGGAUUUCGUUCUUCCUGCCCCUGAACCUCUUGAGUCGUCUGACAAGGAGUUCAUUUUUUCAGACACAAUCGAACGAAUAUGGCAGACAGGUGCCGACCUCGCGAGUCUCCCGGACCCUAAAGAUUCUGAUGCAACGAAGUUGGCCGUAAAGCCGAAAGAAAUGUGGAUGCUAUUACUAGCACGGUUAGCAACAAGGGGGGCAGAUGUGAAGAGGAAGGUCAUUUGCGAUUUCGUCAUUGCCGAUUUUGCUAAUCGAUCAAAAUUUGCGUCGGUGUGGCUUAACGAAGAAUGGUACAAUGAAAAAAUCGGUGUUUCUUCGCCUGGCCAAUAUCUGUCCAACCUCGAAGCUAUCGUAACUGCUUACCUCCCAAAGGUUGACUCAAAAGACAAAUCUCUUUCGACCUUCAUCCUGACGCUUCCCGCGAUCCCUCCUUCUCUCAUCUCGACUCUUGAGACGAUCUGUCAAGAACCUGAAAGGGCUCUUGUUGGAUUUUUAGCUUUACGAGAUAUUGUAGAGGCCAGGCCACCCGUCAGACCUCAAGCUCUCCAAACAUUAUUAGAGCUUUGUACACACCCUGACAGGAAAAUUCGCGUGAUGGCGAUCAUCACCACCGUCCGGCGAUGGGGCAAUGAUUCUCCAAUGAUGCCAUUCCUUACCAAAUAUGCGCUCGGAGUUCUUUGGCGACUCAUCAAUGAUGACAUCAAGAGCGAAGACGUGGAUAUGGAGGAGGGCGAACAGGCUGACGAAAAGAUCCAGUCAAAGUUCUUGGGAGAACCUAAUGCGGACAACGUGCAACAACAUGUGGAGUUAGCUUUCGCUCUUGCAAAGCGGAAGCAAGAUUUGCUAGAUGACAUAUUCAGGCUUUAUCCUCGCCUCGAGCCUGCAGUGCAAGACGUUGUGGAGGCACAGUUGAUGCCAUUGAUCCAAAGUCUGGGUGCUACUGAAAAGCUACUGGAGAUUCUGCGAAAGUUCCCUAAUGGAGCUGACAAAUUGGUAAUGCGCGUUGUGGGAGUGCUGAGUGCAGAAGGAAGCAAGACGCUGGUAACUUUGAUGAAGACAUUGCUAAGUGAAAGAGAUUUGGAUCCGAGAUUCGUGAUACCGAUUGUGGGAGAUCUGGACAAGGCCGAAAUCGAAAAACAACUCCCUCGUAUUGUAUCCCUCCUGGGAGACACAGAUUCCAAAGAUAUGGUUAAGACUGCUUUUGCUUCAAUGCUUCAAAAAAUGACUCCAUCUGAUCUGAUGGUCGCAUUGCAUCAAGAAGGCGCCCCGUUGAAGUUGACUAUUGAAGCUAUCGGCAUAUGUUUCUCUAUGACCACCGUUUUUCGAUCUGAUGUUCUUGCGAAUGCCAUGUCUCGCAUUGCUGAUCUUCCUACUAUCCCCCUCAUUUUUGUUCGUACUAUUAUCCAAGUUGUUACUACCUACAAGUCCCUUGCGCCCUUCGUUGCGAACCACAUCCUCCCCAAACUCGUUACCAAAAAGAUUUGGGAAAUCCCCCAACUUUGGGACGGCUUCAUCAUGCUUGCCAAAAGAAUCGCUCCGGCCAGUUUUGGGGCUUUAUUGCAGCUGCCUAAAGAACAGCUUAAGCAAGUGGUUGAGAAGCAGCCGGGAUUGAAAUCGGGCCUCAAAGGAUUUUUGUCGAACAAGCCUGGUAGCAAGGCUGCGAUGGCUGAGAUCUUCGGUGAUGAUUGAACGACUUUAUCGAAAGGCAUUUGAUGUUGAAGCCAUCGGUCCGGAAAAUGGUUUGAACCUGAAGUAGCAAUUGAAACAAUGGCAAGAAGUUUGCUGUGUCUUGAAGCAGUGUCUUACGAGUGUUAACGAACGAUGACCAAUCUACACUUCAGAGAAAUGAUGAUAGAGCCAGGUGCUGUACGUGAUAGGGAUUAUAAUGUACAAACCUGGUUCAAUUGCUUCAAUUUGUCUCUCGCUGUGCUUCAAAAUCAACAUUGUCGCUGUUUUUGACAAUUUUUAGUUUUCUGUUCCCUAAUCCAAUACCGAUGAAAGAGCAAAAGCGAAUUAGACCUGCUUUAAUGUUUUAAUCGGUAGGGCGAAAAUGGAAACAAGAUCACUAAGUCGAUUGUACCAUUGAGAGACGCCAUCAUCAACGGCGACACUACUGAGAUCAUGAUCGCAUUGAGAAGCAUCACGCUUUAUUUGCUUCAAGCGAAAGCCUCAAGGCGAAAUGAAGAUGUGAGUCUAGCGGAGUGGGUUAUUGGCGAUUAUCCAUGCAAGUUCGUAAGUGAUCCAUCUCUCAUCAUACUAAGCAAAAUGAUCAUUGUGAAAGCUAGAGAUGUUGUCAUUUUAGUGACGACUCCAGCACCGAGUCAAAGGAAGGGCCUCCAUCGCCAUCACUACCGGAAGAAUAAUCCUUUGUUUUAGCCAGGAGGGGAGGGGCGUUGGUUCCUAGUAGUACUUAAAACAGUAGCAGCGUAAGAAAAAAUGAUGAUCGGUGUAUUAAUUAACCAACAGACGGCAUGGAAUUUUCACCAUGACCUCAUGAAACUGACGUACAUGAUUGCCGAAGCGAAAUUUGAAGCAUGUUCGAAGGAGGGGUGAUACUCUUUCCUCCACGGUGGUUUUCUGAUGGUGAUUCACCGACCAUUCUACGUCCUAACUGCAAUCUGGAAGCUAGUAAUGGUAUCCCAUCAAUGAUGUAUGUAAUGAAUGAUGUAGA